AUGGCCCAGCGUCGGCCAGUCUAAGGGACGCAUUUAUGCGUUAGAGGGAGCAAGUGAUAUUGCUAUCUCAAUCCACCGCAUAGCUGCGUCACUUAGACUGGCCUACGCUGGACCAUUGUGUAGAGGAGCCUUUAAAGUUCUUAUUUUGACAAAAAAAUAGGCCCCUUAAUAAAAAGACUUCCCGGGAACCGGGAAAUAAAAUUUGUAAAUUGGCAACACUCAACUGAUAGUAUCCUUUCCUAUCGUUAUUUUUUUCUCUCCAAUCUCUUCCGGAACAUAUUCAACGCUUGCGCCGCUUACCGUUUAUCUGUUUAUGGAUAUCACGAUUAUCACGAUAGUAGUUUAUUAUUAUUUGUGUGUGAUCUGCUGCUGUACGUGGCCACAGGGGACUCGAGUGCAUUACAAGAGAUAAUGGAAGAAACGAGCGUGUUACUUCAUUCGUGGGGCAUGCCACCCGAAGUGGUGAAAAGUUUUCUUGGUAAGUACCUAGUCAGUUAUUCAAGUAAUUAUAAAUUCAUUUACGAGUAGUAGUAAGUAAGUAUUAUUAUAAAUAAUUAUAUCUAAAUGUCACCCGAUCUGUUUGGACGAAAGUUUUAGGUUGUGCCUAUCAACUAUCAAUGGCGUGGGCGGCGUGGAUAUUUCCGUGGUAAAGCCUAAGCAAAGAUAGAUUACCUAUAUUUUUCUUUAAUCUUGUGUGUCUUGUUGUCCUAUUUUGUAAAUAUUGGACAAGCCGGCCCCCCUUUGGUAUAGUCUGACCCAUAUUUCCCAAUCUCGAGGUUCUCGUCCAAUCACCGAAGUUAGCAACGUCGGGCGAGGUCACUACUUGGAUGGGUGACCGUUUUCAUAGAUAAUGGUACGGAACCCUUUGUGUGCCGUGUGCUACCACUGGUGCCGUUACUUAAUGUUAUUUUGUAUUUUAGAUAAUGAUCUUUCAAUCGAAAAAUUUAAAGACUUGACUGAUGCAUAUCUCAAAGAACUGUGUCCUCAUAUUGGACAAAGAAUAACAUUAAAGACCCACAUCCACGAGUUGCUGGAUUCUUUUGCUGAAACAGAAACAACAGAUACUACUAUGGACAUGAAUAAGGAUGCUAAUUCUCCCAAGAGUAACUUAGGAUUAGACGACUCAAAUUUAAGUCUUUCAUUACUCAAUGACAUCACUAAUAUUUUUGAAGAUACAAAUAGACCCCCGCUGCCUGAGUUUGAUAUGCACACAUUGUUGCAAACAUCGGCCCAUGGCAAUAGCGUGCUUAAUUAUUAUAAGUCAUUCAAGAUACUCAAUGCAAAGAAGCGCAAUAUACUGGUGGACAUUAUCAUCAAACACAUAUAUACAUAUAUUGUCAACAAGUAAAUACAAAUUUUAAUUAGUUUGUAUGUAGUGCUUUGUAGAUCAUUAAUCGCCAAGUAGUCAAAACUUUUGGUUUACUUUAGAGCAAACAAAAGAUUUUUAUAUUUCAACCUAAACUGGUGAAUAUUAUCAUCAAACACAUCAUUAUUUUAGUAGUUUUAAGUGGUUAUUUAUUUUAUUUUUACUGUAUUUCUUCUUGUCUUUUAAAUUUAUUGUAUUUGUAUUGUAAAAUUAUGUAAUGGGUCUAUUGCCAGAAUAAAUAAACAUUCAUUCAUUCAUUAUAAUAUUAUAAAUGCGAAAGUGUGUCUGUCUGUCUAUCUUUUAUCAUAGUGAAAUUUAUUAUAGAGAUAGUUUAGUAUAUUAAACCUAUAGUAUAUUAAAAUGGUUUAGUAAAAGUAAAUUUCUCACAGAGCCCCUACAGAAGCUAGGGCUCCGCGGAGCACAUUUUGAGAAUGCCUAGUAUAUUAUAUACAUAAAUUGACAACAAGUAAAAAUAUAAAUUUUAAUUAGAAUGUAUGUAGUGCUUUGUAGAUUAUUAAAGGCUUAGUUAGUAGUCAAGUCUUAGUUUAGAGCAAACAAUUCUUUUUAAUAUUUAAACCUCUGAUGCCCAAACCGAUGCCUCUUUCUAACAAUCUUUCCUGGGUUAUUUGGCAUAUUACGAUUUUUGGCCCAUCUUUGUAAAAAAAACACAUUUUACUUUAACUGGAUGGCAUAUAGCCGGAGAGCUGGCUACUAGGGCGGGUCAUUUUUACUUUUUAUUUUAUUUUAUAAAAAGUAAAAAUGCCAAGACGAGACAAAGGGCAAAAGGCAGUGCAUUUUAAUAUAUUUCCAGAAGUUUCUGUUGGGAGGAAGUAGUGCCAAAUGGCUCACCUCCUGUAUUGGAUUCUGAAAUAAUAUGCAAUGUUUUUUGUUACAAUGGGAAAAUAUAGGCCGUCCUAUAUAAAUAAGACUUUUUCCAAACUUAUUUUUUUUUGUCUGUUAUUCUGACCUCCACCCAUUAAAAGCUUCCAGGUUUCCGAAUCUAGUAUUAAGGACAGUAUAGUAAUCUAACUAUACGGGUUUGGUUGCUCUCAUUGUUAUGUCAUUUCUGACGUAGCCAGCUCUUAGUCUAAAAUAGUAUAAGAGAUAAGUUCCCCUUUGUGCAUGUUAAAUCAGUACAAAAUACAUAUUUAUUUAAUAAUAAUAUUAUUAUGUUACCUUUGUUUGUUUUGCCAUUAUUAACUGUGUUUUACUUAAACAUAUAAAAAUGUUGCUUUCAGCAAAUUGAAACCCGAGGACUACAAUAUACUCGGUGCCAAAAUAAUAUCACUUUUUCCAUGUGAGACUCUAGAAACUUACUACGUGAAAGCCAUCCCCACUUGUAAGUCGCUUACAGGAAAAUACGUUCCUGCAAAAGGAAAGCUAGUUGAUAAAGUACGAAACCUUUUGUUCAUUUCUGGAGAAAAACGAAGGAGUUCUGCUACUAAAAUUGACACAUUAACUGCGAGUGGAGAAGAAUUAAUUGAAACUGAAUGUUUAGGUUUGUGAUAAAUUCUUAUUCAAUAUAUUCUACUUAGGUAUCUCUCGGGAGACUCCAAUUUAUUAUUUUAUUACUUACAUUAGUUAAGAAAAAAAAAAAUGCAAUGACUACAAUAUUUUGUAUUAUUUGUAUUGUAAGUAUGACAGGUUGAUUUAUAAAAUGUGGUGUUUGUUUUCAGAUGACGAUGACGUUUUAUGGUUGAAUAAUAAUAACGAGCCUUGGGAAGAUGUCAUUAGCAAAUGGAAGAAAACAUUCAGACUGAGAAGGAGGCACACCAAUUCAUCUACAGUCCAUGAUUUUCUUGAAAAUUGGAGCAUUUUAAAAAGUGAUAGAGGACAUGUCCUGAUUAAUUCCGAUUUUGAAGAACUGUUCAAAGAAAAGUCGUUGAAUUUCCAUAAGAAUUGGCAUGACUUUUUUCAGAAGCUUCUUAUAGCAAAGAAGGGCCAAAUAAAUAAUAAAAAUGCACUCUCUCUAAUCGAAACAUUGAGUGCCAUAACAGAUGAAGAUAAAAGGAUUCCGGUACAAAUAAGCUUAUUGGCGUACUUAAUCCCUCCAAAAGGCAGACUUUCAAGAACUGUCAAAUACUCAUCGACGGAAGCAACUGAAGGCAUCAUCGUACAAACAGACACCGCCGGAGAUAUCGACAAGAAGAUACAAGAACAGAAAUCUAAGAACUUGGCGCGGAAACUGUCAGUGCAGCCGUACGUCUUACUACAGGGCAGCUUACAUAAUUUCACCUGUUUGUACAUGGUCAUUGAUGACAUAAAGUAUGUAUUCGAUUGCGCAAGCAAAGCAUUUGACCUACUAUUUAAAAUGUAUCAUGUAUUUCAUGUGCGAUACCCAAAUGCUUCUGAAUAUUUAUAUUUAACAAUACAAAGGAAAGUUUACGGAAUAGUAACCAAGUAUGAUAGGGUUCCUCCACAUGUUGUAGAAAUUUUAAACAUGAAAUAGCAGGUCUGCUUUAAAAUAUUUCUUCUUUAAAAUUGAUAUAUUAUAUAAGCAAGCACAUUGUAUUGCUGAGAAUCGUGCAAACCUGUCAUUAUGUUGUGUCCUAAAUGUAAGCUAGACAUCCAAAACUUCAAAAGGUAUAUUUUACACUUGGAAUUAAUUCAUAGCAUCACGAAUUAUUUUGUUUGUCCUAUAGAAAAUUGUAACCGGACUUAUGAUACAAAAUAUAAUCUGAAAGAUCA